AUGGUAAUGAACAACAUACGGUUCAGUCAAGACAUUGCACGUGUUGCAGUGUCACGGGAAGCCCAAUGGGCCAUUUAUCACUGCGAUCCCUUUGAUUGUAUAUACACCGAGUCGAAACCAGCAUCUAUAGUGGAACAGUUGUUCUCCACUUCCUUGGUUGCCGUUGUCGAUAACUCGUGCGCCCCGCAGCAGAAUGUCUUGCGUAUAGUGAACACCAGUAAACACACCACCAUCUGCGAGCUCUCGUACGAGUCUCCCAUUAUAGACGUGUCCAUGAAUAGGAAACGGUUGGUGGUUGUAUUAGAGGACAAGUUAUUACUCUACGACGUCUCGUGCAUGAAGUUACUAGAUAAAAUUGACAUUAAAGUGGGGGGAAAUUAUGAAAAUAAUCGUUUGGAGUGUCGACUCUCCCAAUCAGACUCCUCAAUAUUGGCAUACCAGCAAUCUCACCCUGAAUUGUCCAUUUCAGACCAUUUGUUAUUCCAAAGCGGCAACGUUAUACUCCUGGAUGCAAUUAAAUCUCGUUCAAUAUCAAUAGUUAAUUGCCAUGAAGCUUCCAUUGAGAAAAUAGCCUUAUCGAAAAAUGGAAUGUUAUUGGCAACUGCAUCAACAAAGGGGACAAUCAUUAGGAUAUUCAGUACACAGACAAGCAAAAAGUUAUGCGAGUUUAGGAGAGGUUCCCUACCGGCCACAAUCACCUCCUUGUCCUUCAGUACGGAUCACCGGAUACUUGGAGCUUCCUCCGAUACAGGAACAGUCCAUUUCUUCGAGGUGCCCAAUGAAGUUGCCCUCUUGGGAGAAGACGAUGAAGGCGCCGUCUCAGAGUCUAGCCCUAAACAUGUCCAAGAAGACUUGGAUAUGCGUCCAGAAUUCCCAAAUUCGUCCCCCUUGACGGCUGAGGAAGCAUUGGAAAUCAACCAACUAAUUGGCGAAUCCAUACACAGGGCACGUGGAUCUGUGGGAAAGAACAAGUCUGCAUUGGAGAAAACUAAACAACUAACCUCUUUUAUGUGGGCAAAAUCAUCAAAAUACCUCCCACAGAGCAUUACGACCUCUUUGACUUCCAUGCUUGAACCAAAGAGACACUUUGCCUCUAUUCAUUUGCACCCGCCAUCGUCAUCGACUAUUGCGCUCUCGGAUCAUUGCUGCUACGUUGCUACCAACGAUGGGAGACUUUUGCAAUAUGCACUUCCAUCUCCAGAGACAUCCUCAAAGGAACCUGCUCUUAUUCGUUCCAACAGCUUUCAGGUCUGA